AUUUGUGAAGAUCAUUCUCACAAAUUGAUAUUCUUUUAUUUGAAAAACAAACAUAGAAACUUCUGGACACGCUCUUCAAACUAAGAGCAACUUUCCUGCUGUCAGGGGUUAGUGCGCCUUUGAUGCGUUCACGUUCGAGAUGAGAGCAAAAUCUCAGGUAUAGCAUCCAAAGGCAGAGUUUAUAAGUUCAGUUUGAUUGUAUAUAGUUACAAUGGUUGCAAACGCGUACAGCUAAAUUACAUGUAAUGAUAUCAGACUGCAAGUAAAGCCUCUGCAGACCAAUGACUGUGGUAUUCAAACUUGAGCAAACCAAUCAGCUUAAGCAUACACCUCGAACGUCGGAGCGUCUCAUCAGUCCUUGAACGCAGCAUUGGCGCGCUCUGACGAUGCAUGAGUUUCUACCUCAGCCGACGGAUGAGAUGGAAGCACUGAGGGCAAAGCAACAGGUUGGGGUUUAAGAAGUUUCUGCAGACUGACUUGACAACAGAGUUUUCUUAAAUAGUCUGGAGGGGGGGACACUGGUGGCACGUGCAGGUUCAACUGAUGGACAAACGCACGUGCUUUGGACGAAUUUAGCCAAAGAAAAGUUACUUGGAAAUGAAUCUUAAAGCUUUCGGUGGAGUAAAGCAUCCUCAAGCGUCCAGGUAGCCAUCACAUAUGAUACGUGCCUUUAACGCAGCACUUUCAACUCAGUUUUGAUGCUUGAACGGACUGGACGGAAGUCAAGUAGUCAGUGUUUGAUAUUAAACUUUGGAGUAAAUUAUCCUCACAGGGUUUAGAAACUGGAGUAAGAUUGAAACUCGAGCUCCUCAGGAUGUUUUCCAUAGCUCUCCUCCUCGCAGUCCUCGGCGUUUUUGCGCAUCUGGACACUUUUACGCACGGGUGCCAGCUCCCCUCCGAGUGGCGACCGCUGAGCGAGGGCUGCCGGGCAGAGCUGGCAGAGAUCAUCGUGUACGCCCGGGUGCUGGCGAUCCACCGGGAGCCCCUCGGCGGCGGGGCGGGCAGCUUGUACAACUCACUGCCCUUCGGGUUCGGGUAUGGGUACGAGGGCGCAGAGGAAGGGCUGCUGUACUCUGCGGAGGUAGAGUUGCUGUGCGAUCAGGCCUGGGGCAGCAUGCUGGAGGUGCCCACUGGAUCAAGGCUCAACCUGACCGGAUUGGGGUACCUUUCCUGCCAGUCCCACACUGUGAUGGAAAACUACUCCUACUUCUUUUUCCUGAGGAUGGAUGAGAACUACAACAUCCUCCCCCACGGAGUCAACUUCCAGGAUGCAAUCUUCCCCGACACGUCAGAAAACAGGCGCAUGUUCUCCAGCCUCUUCCAGUUCUCCAACUGCAGCCAAGGGAGCCAGCCCUUCCACACCUUCAGCCCUGAGUGGGACACGCAGGAGGACAGCAGGCUGCUGUGCUCCUCGGUGCAGGCUGCACUGUUCGACGAGGAGGAGCGGGGCCGAAAGCUGCAGGAGCGCAUGGCCGGUGCGGAGAGGAGAAACCGGCAACUAAAGGAGCGAGUUCGGAAAGUGAAGCGCUCCCUGAGGAAUGCCCGCAAGGCUGCACGAAAGGCCGAGCAGGAGGUGCAGGAGCUGCAAGAGAAGCUGAAGGCUGCAGAGCGAAGGGCGGGGCACCAUCUCAACGCCAUAACACAGGAUGAGCCUCCACCUGGGCGUUAUGCAAGCACAGCGAUACGCCCACGGAUUCAACUUUGAGUGAUGCAUUCCCACCUGCCCCAAACUGCAAUCCACCUGGACUGAAAACUGGCUGUGGCGAGCAAGAGACUGCUGGGCAGUCUUUGUAAAGGACAAUAAGAUAGCAACUGUCACAAUGGACUCAAAUGAUAUUUUAAGCCAACAAUCUUUAUAGUUUUCUUGUAAAUAAACCUCUUUUUCUCUUUUUGUAUCCCCAAAUGCCAAAAUAUAAAAGCGAUGGUCCGACAGGAUUAUUCCUUGUUAUGAGAUAAAAGAAGAAGAAAGUGAACCAAAGGAAUCAAGCAUUUAUUUUGUCAUUGAUUCCUCUGUAAGUGGAGCAAAUCUGUAGCUCUGCUUCUUUCGACAGCUGGACUCACAUGCUGCUCAGUGCUCCUCUCAGGCUGCGAUCACAUCGGGUGUGUUUGGACAUAGCACAGCAAAAAUAGAAACGCUAACAGCAAGAGCUUAUCAGAGCGUAAAGUGUGAUGCAUUAUUCUGUUAACCAUUUAUCUGUCGCGGUUACCUUCCCUGAAGUAAUACAAGUUACUUUUUACCAGUAAAUAGUUUAAAACAAACUUAGGUUGACAUAUUAUUUUCAGGGCGGCUCUACCUGAGGCUCUGAGGGACUUUUAAUUGGUUCAGAUAAACAAUGUGAUAGGGGAAGCCUAGUCCGGGUGGAGCCCUCAUAAAAAAGUGUCACACAUAUGGCAAAUAAUGUUUAAUAUAUCAGCAUAUACUAUGUAAGGUCAAGAAGCAGAUAUGUUUCAGAGUUGCAUUAUGCUAAGUGACAAAUCCAGAGUUAGGAUAUAAUCACAUCUGCGGCAUUGGUUUUGACCAUAAAAAUCUGGUUCUGGAUGGGCCUUACAUCCUUUGAAAACACAUUUAAAUUCGGUCUAUCUUUUGUUAUGUUGUCCAGAUUCCCUUAAAACAGACUUUGCUUAUUUUAUUAUUCAAACCGUAACAAGGUUUUCACUUAGCCUGGUGUUUCCAGACCAUAUGCAUCUGGGUAUACACUGUGCAAAAUUGAGCCUGUUUCUGACACUAUUUUUAAAUCAACUAGAUUGUGUUUCAUUUGCCAUUCAGCAUACAAGGGGGAAACAAUCACGGCCAAUCACUGCACUAUCAGCUGCUCUCAACAGGUAAGAUAAUUUUCUGGCACAUUAGAAAGUUUGGUCUGCCAAUAGUGUGGGGCUAUGAUCAAACCAGGCCUUUUUUUCCUGAUUGCACCUGUGCAAAAUGGUAGACAGCACCUGCACGCACCAUGGCCACACAAUGGAUGAUGUGGACAGAUGAAAUACACAUACACACCAAUCAGCCAUUCCAUUUGACCACCUGUGCAAUGUAAGGCAACCUGAUACAACAGCUCUACUACAAAUUAUACUUGCACAACACUUCUACAUUUUCUGAUUUUCCAGAUAAUUGUACUUUACUGUUCAAUCCCUAUCGUCUGACAUCCACAUUUACCUGUUAGAGUUUUCAAAGGAAACUUAAAUAACAGUAUGAAAGCUCCAUCCUGAUUUAACAUAUACGCUUUAAGCACCCAUGUUGAACUGACAGUGUGAGCACUUCAUUAAUAUACUUUGGUUGUGCACCAUACACAAAUCACUCGCACAGUGUGAGUUGACAUUCCACCAUAACAUUAAUUUAACCACAUAGGCUUUGGUCUGAAACUUCCUUAAUAUUUUUUUUCUCCCAAAGGAUGUCAUCAAGGAGCGCAAACCACAACCCCUCUUGACACUAGCAACAGCUAUUUUCAUCACCAAAUAUCAAACUGUCAGCUGCCAACUCUUCAUUUGUGCAAAACAUGUAGUACCAUGCAGUUCAUUUAAUGCUUCGGUGCAUUUCAAUCAACAGCAGCAGACGCCAUCUUGGUUGUUAGCCAAACUGUGCUUGGCUUUACCAGAACCUCCACAUGGUAAAUAAAAUGAGCAGAUUUGCCGGGUGCACAGGUUGUACUAAAAAUGAUUGAGUCACUUGCAUGAAGCUAACUAUAAAUAAAACAAUGGCAUAUCAGUGUUUAGUUUAUACAGCCAGACAAUUACAAACAUAUUGGACAAAGCUGCAAUGGUAUUUAUUUGAAGUUACGGUUCUUGCAACCUGGUUAAGCUGGUCCACUUUGAUGCUAACGUUUUCUGUCUGCUGUUCGGUGAUGGACCGAUGGUGAAGCAGCUGUUAGUUCAUUUAUUAUUUUAGAGAAGCAACUGUAAACAGAAAUGAUGCAAACCAUUAGACCAGAUCAGAACGUGAAAGUUGCAGGCUGAAAAAAACAACAACAAAUAGGUGGAAGACAAAAAUACCAAAUGGACCUGCAGACUUGUGUGAUGAUUCUUAGUUGGAAAUUAUCAGCUUUUUCCCACAAUCAACUUAAUAAUUGACCCAAUAUCAGUUUGAGAAUAUGGAGACUAGCAUAUUAUACAUUUAAAUACUUGUAGUUGAAUGUUCAGCCUUUUUCACAUUGUUCUUUUUGGUCAUUUAUUGUACACCAAUAACCAAUUGAUGUCUGAGACAGUGCAUUUCUUAUUAUUUCAGUCCCACAAUUCUAGGAAAAUCAUCUUGUAUGUGUAUAUUUUUAUAUAAAUGUUUUUUCUGAAUAUAAAUACUGAUUUAUAUG